UUAUCGGUUACUUAUUUACAGCGAUUAAUAAAUCACAUUAUUAGUUGUUUUGUUUACCUUUGCUAUGAACUUAUUAGAAAAAGUGAAUUUCGUAUGCAGCGUUAGCUCUGUACAAGGCAAAGAUGUGAAACAAUUCGGAAAGCAGCACAUGUUUGACUCGGUGGAGGACACCUCGUGGAAUUCUAGUGAAGGUACUCCACAAUGGGUAGUAAUCAAUUUUAAGGAGCCGCAAGCAAUCACAAAAUUUUUGCUACAGUUUCAGGGUGGAUUUGUUGCAAAACCUUUAUCAGUUAACAUUCAAAGGAUGGAUGGUGAACUUAUUGUAGAAGAAACAUUCUACCCAGAGGAUGUAAACUCUCCUCAGACUUUUCCAUUAAAGCUGCCUGUGUCAAAUAAAGAAGCAGCGAAGAUUAAGUUCUUAUUCCCAUCAAGCACAGACUUUUUCGGGAGAAUAAUUUUGUAUAAAAUUGAAAUAUAUGAAUAAAAUCAGUUUUUGUCUAACUUCUUUGGAA